AUGAAGGUGUCUCUCAUUAAUGGAGUGGUUAUGGGAGGAGGCGCCGGUCUAUCCAUGAACACAAAUUUUAGAGUUGUCACUGAAAGAACUGUGUUUGCUAUGCCAGAAGCAUCAAUAGGACUCUCCCCAGAUGUGGGUGCUUCAUAUUUUCUCUCCAGGCUUCCUGGCCAUUUUGGGGAGUACCUAGGAUUAACAGGAAGGCGUUUGAAUGGAGCAGAAAUGUUUAAAUGUGGCUUAGCGACUCAUUUUGUCCCCUCCAAGAAGCUAAAUUUGCUGGAAAAAGCCCUAUACUCCGUGACAACUUCAGAUAGUUCAACAAUUACGGCAUUAAUUGAUAAAUUUACUGAAAUAGUUUAUCUUAAGGAAGGCAGCCCCUUGAAGAGACUGGACACAAUCAACAAAUGCUUCUCAAAAGGAACUGUUGAGGAAAUUGUUCUAUCAUUGGAAAAGGAAAUAGAAGUGAAUGGAACAGAAAAGUGGAUUGCAGAUGCAUUAAAUUACAUGCGUGGAUCCUGUCCUACAAGCCUCAAGAUAUGGCUUAGAUCAGUGAGAGAAGGCAGAGUACAAAGCAUUGAACAAUGCCUUAAUCGGGACUACAACAUUAGCUGCCAUUCCCUACGAAGAACUGUCAGCAAUGAUUUCUACGAGGGUUCAAGAGCAAAGCUGUUUGAUAAGGACAACAAGGCUAUGUGGGAUCCUCCAAAGUUGGAGCUGGUUAGUGAAGAAAUGGUAGAUCGGUACUUCAGGGAGGUUGAGGAUGAGAAUUGGGAGCGUCUGCACCUUCCUCGUAGGUCAAACUUACCCUGCAAGCUGUAGACUGAAGCCAUGUGGAAUAGUUAUGGCAUGGAAAUGGAGAGGCCUUUUAUACGGAAAAGGACCUAUAUGUAAUAUUUGGGAAUUAAAUGAUCAAUGUCUUGCGUGUUUUGUUUAUUAUUUUAGUCUUGUUUUGGUUUAUAAUGUUGCAAAAUAUAGCAUGGACUUCUUAAUUA